CUCUCUCUCUAUGUCUUCUCAUCUUCGAGCUCCGAUGGCAAGCCUGUGGUGCGUGACAAUCGGCAUGACGGACAACGCCACCGACUACGACAGCGUCGAGUUCUGGUCGAACCCCGAGCGGACCGGCGGCUGGCUCACCAAGCAGGGCGAGUACAUCAAGACUUGGCACCAUCGCUGGUUUGUCCUCAAGCAAGGCAAGCUCUUCUGGUUCAAGGACUCCGCCGUCACGCGUGCAUCUCGUCCACGCGGUGUGGUCCCCGUCGUCACGUACCUCACCGUCAAAGGCGCCAAAGACAUCCUCAACAAGCCCAACGCCUUCGAGCUCUCCAUGCGCUCCAACAAGAUGUACUUCAUCGCCGACUCCAAGAAGGAGAAGGAGGAUUGGAUCAACUCUAUGGCAGGAGCAGAAGGGUUCGUUGAGAUUUUUUUUGUUUUCCAUAAAAGAAGCUCCUUUUCAUCCUUUUCUAUUAGUGCCCAAGUGAGAAUUUUUGUAUCUUUUUGCAACCUUUUAUCGUGUCUUCUUAUGGAUUAA